CAGCGGCAGGAGCAGAGAACAGGCUGGCCCAGCCAGAGCAGAGGCGGGAAAGCUGCGGGGAGGAGAACAGCCUAUUGUAGAAAGGAUGUGACAGAAUGGGGGUGGACUUUGAUGUGAAGACUUUCUGCCACAAUCUCCGGGCCACAAAGCCCCCCUACGAGUGCCCCAUAGAGACCUGCCGCAAGAUCUAUAAAAGCUACAGCGGCAUCGAGUACCACCUGUACCACUAUGACCACGAUAGCCCCCCUCCCCCUCAGCAGACUCCCCUCCGCAAGCACAAGAAGAAGGGGCGCCAGUCCCGCUCGGCCAACAAGCAGUCCCCCAGCCCCUCGGAGGUGUCGCAGUCCCCCAGCCGAGAAGUGAUGACUUACGCCCAAGCCCAGCGCAUGGUCGAGGUGGACCUGCACGGCCGAGUCCACCGGAUCAGCAUCUUUGACAACCUGGAUGUGGUGUCCGAGGACGACGAGGCCCCGGAGGAGAACCCCGAGAAUGGCAGCAACAAGGAGAACACAGAGACCCCGGCCGCUACGCCCAAGGCGGGCAAGCAUAAGAACAAGGACAAGCGGAAGGACUCGAACCACCACCACCACCACCACCACAACGCCUCGGCCAACCCCACCCCAAAGCUGCCCGAGGUGGUAUACCGGGAGCUGGAGCAGGACACCCCCGAUGCCCCACCUCGCCCAACCUCUUACUACCGGUACAUUGAGAAAUCGGCUGAGGAGCUGGAUGAGGAGGUGGAGUAUGACAUGGAUGAGGAGGACUAUAUCUGGCUGGACAUCAUGAACGAGCGUCGGAAGACGGAGGGAGUGAGCCCCAUCCCCCAGGAGGUCUUUGAGUACCUGAUGGACCGGCUGGAGAAGGAGUCCUAUUUCGAGAGCCACCACAAGGGGGACCCCAACGCCCUGGUGGACGAGGACGCCGUGUGCUGCAUCUGCAAUGACGGUGAGUGUCAGAACAGCAAUGUGAUUCUCUUCUGCGAUAUGUGCAACCUGGCCGUUCACCAAGAAUGCUACGGCGUGCCCUACAUCCCCGAGGGCCAGUGGCUCUGCCGCCGCUGCCUUCAGUCCCCGUCCCGGGCAGUGGACUGCGCGCUCUGCCCGAACAAGGGCGGGGCCUUCAAGCAGACGGACGACGGCCGGUGGGCUCACGUAGUGUGCGCCCUGUGGAUCCCCGAGGUCUGCUUUGCCAACACGGUGUUUCUGGAGCCCAUCGACAGCAUCGAGCACAUCCCGCCCGCCCGAUGGAAACUCACGUGCUACAUCUGCAAGCAGAGGGGCUCGGGGGCCUGUAUCCAGUGCCACAAGGCCAACUGCUACACGGCCUUCCACGUGACCUGUGCCCAGCAGGCCGGCCUCUACAUGAAGAUGGAGCCCGUCCGGGAAACGGGGGCCAACGGCACCUCCUUCAGUGUGCGUAAAACCGCCUACUGCGAUAUCCACACACCUCCGGGCUCUGUGCGCCGCCUGCCCGCCCUGUCACACAGCGAAGGGGAAGAAGAGGAGGAGGAAGAGGAAGAAGAGGGAAAAGGCUGGAGUUCAGAGAAGGUGAAGAAAGCGAAGGCGAAGUCAAGGAUAAAGAUGAAGAAGGCUCGGAAGAUCUUGGCAGAAAAACGGGCGGCAGCACCUGUGGUAUCAGUCCCCUGCAUCCCACCACACAGGCUCAGCAAGAUUACUAAUCGAUUAACCAUUCAGAGGAAGAGCCAGUUUAUGCAAAGGCUGCACAGCUAUUGGACGUUAAAGCGACAGUCCAGGAAUGGGGUCCCCCUACUUCGCCGCCUGCAGACCCACCUGCAGUCCCAAAGGAAUUGUGAUCAGGUUGGGGCACCACGGCCAGCUCCCCCAGGGGGCCUGGGGACAGGGAGAGAUUCUGAGGACAAGAAUUGGGCUCUGAAAGAACAACUGAAGUCAUGGCAGCGGCUCCGCCAUGACCUGGAGCGUGCACGGCUGCUGGUGGAACUGAUUCGGAAACGAGAGAAGCUCAAGAGAGAGACGAUCAAGGUCCAGCAGGUGGCCUUGGAAAUGCAACUGACCCCUUUCCUCAUCCUCCUCCGUAAGACCUUAGAACAGCUCCAAGAGAAGGACACGGGCAACAUAUUUAGCGAGCCGGUCCCUCUGUCUGAGGUAACAGAAAUCUACGAAGUCCCUGACUACCUCGAGCACAUUAAGAAGCCCAUGGACUUUUCUACAAUGAAGCAGAACCUUGAGGCCUAUCGAUACCUGAAUUUUGAUGACUUUGAGGAGGAUUUCCAUCUUAUUGUCAGCAACUGCCUCAAAUAUAAUGCCAAGGACACCAUCUUUUACCGGGCAGCAGUGCGGCUGCGGGAGCAGGGAGGCACUGUGCUGCGGCAGGCCCGGCGGCAGGCAGACAAGAUGGGCAUCGACUUCGAGACGGGCAUGCACUUCCCCCACAGCCUGGCCGGGGACGAGACCCUGCUCCAUGCAGAGGAUGAGGAAGAGCGGUUUCUGCUGUCUGAGAACCAGAAACACCUGCCACCAGAGGAGCAGCUGAAGCUCUUGUUGGAGCAGUUGGACGAGGUUAAUGCCAGCAAACAAAGCGUCAACCGCUCCCGCCGCGCCAAGAUGAUCAAAAAAGAGAUGACCGCAUUACGAAGGAAACUGGCGCACCAGAGGGAGGCGGGCCGGGACGGGCCGGAGCGGCACGGCUCAGCGGGGCGGAGUGCCCUGCAGGCCCACACUCCCUGCGACAAGGAUGGACAGACCGACAGUGCCGCUGAGGAGAGCAGCAGCCAGGAGACGGGCAAAGGUCUGGGCCCCAACCUGUCUUCAACCCCUUCCCAUGAGGUGGGCAGACGGACCUCGGUCUUGUUCUCAAAGAAAAACCCGAAGACAGCUGGACCCCCCAAGCGGCCAGGUCGGCCCCCAAAGAAUCGGGAGAGCCAGCUGGCCCCAGGUCAUGGAAACAGCCCCGUGGGGCCUCCCCAGCUCCCAAUCAUGGGCUCACAGAGGCAGCGAAAGCGAGGGAGGAGCCCCCGGCCGAGUUCAAGUUCUGACAGUGACAGUGAUAAAUCCACUGAAGACCCUCCCAUGG